CGUUGCCACCAAGCUACCACUACUUAACUACACGUCCCCAUCACCCGGCCUCGGCCUUGUACACAAACGGACACACAGGCGCACGCUGAGCAGUGAGCUUCCCCCAUCCCCACAUGUCAAACAGAGCACGGCGCGCAGCCCCCCGGACACCAGGAAUCCCAGGAACCGGCAGCGGCGGCGGCGACGCCACGGCCGCGAUGAUGCCACCCUUGGCGCUCGUUCUCCUGGCCCUCGCCGCGGCGCUGGCGCCGGGCGCGCGGGCGCAGAUAUCGGCCGCGCCCCUGGGCGCCCCGGCGCCGUCGCUGGACUGCGCGGGCGCGCUGCGGGGCCUGGCGCCGUGCCUGACGUACGUGGAGCACCGCAGCGUGCUGACGCGGCCGGACAAGGGCUGUUGCGGGGCGCUCGCGGCCGUCGUGGGCGGCGGCGACGCCGCGUGCCUGUGCGGGCUCCUCGCGGGCCACGGCGCGCGCGGCGUCCGCGUGGACCCCGUGCGCGCGCUGGCGCUGCCCACCAUCUGCCGCGUCGAUGCGCCGCCGCCGAGGCUCUGCGCCGCGCUCGGGAUGCCCGUCGCCGAGCCGCCGGGCGGGGCCGCCUCGCCGGUGGACUCAGGGUCCGACGUGCCGACGACCACCCCGGCGGCGGGGGCCGCGAGCGGCGGGCCGGCGACGCGCCGACGGCCGUUCCUGGUGGCUCUCCCACGGUGCUGUCUCCUCGUCAUCCUGCCCACGCUGCUGCUGUAACUCCCCUGCAGGUCCGUACGUACGUACGUAUACACCGCUCGCGCCGCGGCACCGUACAGGAGGCGUAGAGUUGUACAGCAGUACAGGUGUAUAAAAUGUGCACACGCGUUUGGCUACAGCUGAUGGAAUCAAUUUGGCGUCCCGUCCAUUCAUUUCAA